AUGGCUUCCACGAGUGUCCAUAAAGGUAUGGUCAUCCCCGGCCUUGAUAUAGCACCUACAAUGGACAACCUGGAGAAAUCUCGACUGGCCUAUAAUGCGCUUCCCGACGACUGCGAUCAACCUAAUGUCACCGAUGCUGUGCUCGCCGAUCUCAAAGGCUUACUCCAGAAGUAUAAUGUCCAGGAGAAGUUUGGAUAUCACCUCGUCCAUGGACACUUGCAGCUAGCCCCAGGCCGAGUCAUGCUCGGACAGCCCAUGGCCAAACUCGAUGCUUGCUGGACCCGUCCAACCAACUUCAAGGAAGUGGCUCUCAGAGACGUGCAUGGCCACAUUUUCGUGCUGGAUAGUGACGGCGAAUUCACGCCUUACGAAUACCGCCAGGGUCCUCCCGCGCAAAUCACCGCCAACGAGACUGCUUUCAUCCGCGCCAUUCAGAGCUACCUCGUGCAGAAGAACCUGGCUAGCCUCAUCGGCAUCGAGCUUCUGGGCAGAGAAGGCACAUCUGAAGACAUGCAGGAGUUCGUCCUGUCGAGUAAUCACGGUACCGUCAUGAUGAACGCCAACAUGACCAAUGCUGAUAAGGCUUAUCGAGUAACGGGCUGGUCCCUCGUGCCAAACGUGGAUGGGACCGCCGAGCUCAAAGGCAACCAGCAGCAUGCUGAGACGGUAAAGGGACCUCACAAGGUCUUCAUUGAUGGCAAGGCACUCCCGCAUGCUAACGGCAGUGCCACGUAUGACAUUGAUGAGGAGGCCGUCAUUGACGCGCUGCGCAGGGAGCAAGUCAUCAACUAG